CGCGUAUUAAGGCAUUUUGUUGCCAACAACUAUGCGAAGAGUACCACAGAGGUCCACACACCUUACCGGUGAACGUGGAAAGUGCCAUGGCAUGCGAGAUGUAUUCAAUAGGUUUACAACCACGACCCAACACGAUUUCUACGAACCAUCAGAAAGUGAGGCGACCAGUGAUGCUUCAAGUGAUAUACCUAUAGAGAGGAAGACUGUAGUUAGAAACAAGUUCGGGGUCACUGCAGAUCAAACAAUGAGAUGUAAGCGUGCAAAGGCCAAGGAGAUACGUAAAGACAACAAUGGAAAUACACUUAUGAUUUUUUUUUGCGGUGAGCAAUGUACUCACGAUUGA